UCCGGUGGCGGGACGCGGGGCCGCGCACGCGGGAAAAAGCUCCCCCGGCCCCCGUGCCCCCGCCCCCCCCCCCCGAACUCCGGCGUCCCCCAGCGCUCGGGUCUCGAGGGUGCAGCCAGAGGAGGAUUGAGAGCCUCCGCCACCCAGAAGUUGGGGCCCGGCUCCCGCUGGAGCCAGCCAGGUGCCAGUCAGCAUGGCAGAGACGCUGGAGUUCAACGACAUCUACCAGGAGGUGAAGGGGUCCAUGAACGACGGCCGGCUGAGGUUGAGCCGCCAAGGCAUCAUCUUCAAGAACAGCAAGACGGGCAAGGUGGACAACAUCCAGGCUGGAGACCUGACGGAAGGCAUAUGGCGCCGCGUCGCCCUGGGCCACGGGCUCAAGCUGCUCACGAAGAACGGGCACGUCUACAAGUAUGAUGGCUUUCGAGAGUCGGAGUUUGAGAAGCUCUCAGACUUCUUCAAGGCUCACUACCGCCUGGAGCUGAUGGAGAAGGAUCUCUGUGUGAAGGGCUGGAACUGGGGGACCGUGAAGUUCGGAGGGCAGCUGCUCUCCUUUGACAUCGGGGACCAGCCCGUCUUCGAGAUUCCCCUCAGCAACGUGUCCCAGUGCACCACGGGCAAGAACGAGGUGACAUUGGAGUUCCACCAGAACGACGACGCGGAGGUCUCGCUCAUGGAGGUGCGCUUCUACGUGCCCCCCACCCAGGAGGACGGCGUGGACCCCGUUGAGGCCUUUGCCCAGAACGUGCUGUCGAAAGCAGAUGUGAUCCAGGCCACCGGAGACGCCAUCUGCAUCUUCCGGGAGCUGCAGUGUCUCACUCCCCGCGGCCGCUACGACAUCCGCAUCUACCCCACCUUCCUGCACCUGCAUGGCAAGACCUUCGACUACAAGAUCCCCUACACCACCGUGCUGCGGCUCUUCCUGCUGCCCCACAAGGACCAGCGGCAGAUGUUCUUCGUGAUCAGCCUGGACCCCCCCAUCAAGCAGGGUCAGACCCGCUACCACUUCCUAAUCCUCCUCUUCUCCAAGGACGAGGACAUCUCCUUGACUCUCAACAUGAACGAGGAGGAGGUGGAGAAGCGCUUUGAGGGGCGGCUCACCAAGAACAUGUCGGGGUCCCUCUAUGAGAUGGUCAGCCGGGUGAUGAAAGCGCUGGUGAACCGUAAGAUCACGGUCCCAGGCAACUUCCAAGGGCACUCGGGGGCCCAGUGUAUCACCUGCUCCUACAAGGCCAGCUCGGGGCUGCUGUACCCGCUGGAGCGCGGCUUCAUCUAUGUCCACAAGCCCCCCGUCCACAUCCGCUUCGACGAGAUCUCCUUCGUCAACUUUGCCCGAGGCACCACCACCACGCGCUCCUUCGACUUUGAGAUUGAGACCAAGCAGGGCACGCAGUACACCUUCAGCAGCAUCGAGAGGGAGGAGUACGGGAAGCUGUUUGAUUUCGUCAACGCGAAGAAACUCAACAUCAAAAACCGAGGCCUGAAAGAGGGCAUGAACCCCAGCUACGACGAGUACGCAGACUCCGAUGAAGACCAGCACGAUGCCUACUUGGAGCGGAUGAAGGAGGAGGGCAAGAUCCGCGAGGAGAACGCCAACGACAGCAGCGAUGACUCAGGAGAGGAGACGGAUGAGUCAUUCAACCCAGGUGAAGAAGAGGAGGACGUGGCAGAGGAGUUCGACAGCAACGCCUCUGCCAGCUCCUCCAGUAACGAGGGCGACAGUGACCGGGACGAGAAGAAACGGAAACAGCUUAAGAAGGCCAAGAUGGCCAAGGAUCGAAAAAGUCGCAAGAAGCCCACGGAGAUGAAGAAGGGCAAAGACCCCAACGCCCCCAAGAGGCCCAUGUCCGCUUACAUGCUGUGGCUCAACGCCAGCCGAGAGAAGAUCAAGUCGGACCACCCUGGCAUCAGCAUCACGGAUCUCUCCAAGAAGGCAGGCGAGAUCUGGAAGGGCAUGUCCAAAGAGAAGAAGGAGGAGUGGGAUCGCAAGGCCGAAGAUGCCAGGCGGGACUAUGAAAAGGCCAUGAAAGAAUAUGAAGGGGGCCGGGGUGAGUCAUCCAAGAGGGACAAGUCAAAGAAGAAGAAGAAAGUCAAGGCAAAGGUGGACAAGAAGUCCACGCCGUCCAGGGGCUCCUCAUCCAAGUCUUCCUCAAGGCAGCUAAGCGAGAGCUUCAAGAGCAAAGAGUUCGUGUCCAGCGAUGAAAGCUCUUCCGGAGAGAACAAGAGCAAAAAGAAGAGAAGGCGGAGCGAGGACUCUGAAGAAGAGGAACUGGCCAGUACUCCCCCCAGCUCAGAAGACUCGGCAUCGGGAUCUGACGAAUAGAGACGAGGAGAGUUCUUGGCUUGCCCUGUCAAACCCCCCUCCCCCCAGUCUCCCUGCUCGUGUUUUUGGUACCAGUCUCAUCUGAAACGCAGUCCUUGGACUGACUCCCUGCCAUCUGAAGGGGCUUUCCUGUAGCACGCACUUGGCUGGAGCGGCAACGGAGGCAUCCCGCUCUGCUGCCUCCCAACGAUGGCGCCUUGGCGCUGGGGGCAGAGACUGCGCGGGAGGCAGGGCGCUGCAGGGUCCAAAUCCCCCUCCUCUCUCGACCUUAGGGGUACAGCUGCUGCUUGUCCCGUUCACGUUGCUGUGGCCAGGCUUAUGCAAGGCCGGGCCUGUAAGCUCCUCACUGGAGCCUAUUUCUACAUUUAUUUUGUAUUUCUGGUCUGUGGAAAAAAAAUAAAUCAGCAUUUAAUAAAGCGAACUGACUUUGGAAACCA